UAAAGAAAGUUCUCCUUACCAUAUUGUACAAUUUUCUUUUUAAGAGUAUAGAAUAACACAUAACAAGACUUUUGUAUGCUCCUAAAUAAUCCUUUUCAAUUCACACCAAUAUUCAAUGUCUUAAAAUCAGUAUCAACAUUAUAUACAUUACAUGAUUAUUGACACAAAUUCACGAGUUCUCUUUGUGGGUCCUAAACGUGGUUGUUGAGUGGGACCCAUAUCUAAAUAGAUUGAACCAACACACCAAACCCAACCAAACAUUUUUCCCAUACGUUGUUGUUCUAUAUAACACAAAGCCACAUUGAAAUUCAUCACCAUUCUUCUUCCAAUCACCACCUCAAUCUCCUCAAACCUUAACCAAAACAACAAUGGGUUCAACAACAACAAGUGAGACACAAAUAACACCAACCCACGUAUCAGACGAAGAAGCAAAUCUCUUCGCUAUGCAGCUAGCAAGUGCUUCUGUUCUUCCAAUGGUCUUAAAAACAGCUCUUGAACUUGAUCUCUUAGAAAUCAUAGCUAAAUCUGGUCCUGGUGCUCAUCUUUCGCCGCUAGAUAUUGCUUCUCAGCUUCCAACAAAGAACCCUGAUGCACCUGUUAUGUUGGACCGUAUCUUGCGGCUAUUGGCUUGUUACAAUAUUCUUACUUGUACGUUAAGGACUCUAGAAGAUGGAAAGGUUCAGAGACUCUAUGGUUUAGCUACUGUUGCUAAGUACUUGGUUAAGAAUGAAGAUGGUGUUUCUAUUUCUGCUCUUAAUCUCAUGAAUCAGGAUAAAGUACUCAUGGAAAGCUGGUACCACCUUAAAGAUGCUGUCCUUGAUGGGGGCAUUCCAUUCAACAAAGCUUAUGGAAUGACAGCCUUUGAAUACCAUGGAACAGAUCCAAGGUUUAACAAAGUUUUCAACAAGGGAAUGUCUGAUCACUCUACCAUCACAAUGAAGAAAAUUCUUGAGACCUACACAGGUUUUCAAGGCCUUAAAUCUCUUGUUGAUGUAGGUGGUGGCACCGGAGCUGUAAUUAACACCAUUGUCUCAAAAUAUCCCACCAUUAAAGGGAUUAAUUUUGAUUUGCCUCAUGUCAUUGAAGACGCUCCUUCUUAUCCCGGAGUGGAGCAUGUUGGCGGAGACAUGUUUCUCAGUGUUCCAAAGGCUGAUGCUAUUUUUAUGAAGUGGAUUUGUCAUGAUUGGAGUGAUGAGCACUGCUUGAAAUUUUUGAAGAACUGUUAUGAGGCACUUCCUGAAAAUGGAAAAGUGAUUGUGGCAGAAUGCAUUCUUCCAGUGGCACCAGACACAAGCUUGGCAACAAAAGGUGUGGUGCACAUUGAUGUGAUCAUGUUGGCUCAUAAUCCAGGUGGGAAAGAGAGAACACAGAAAGAGUUUGAGGAUCUUGCUAAAGGUGCUGGAUUCCAAGGUUUCAAAGUCCAUUGUAAUGCUUUCAACACAUACAUCAUGGAAUUUCUUAAGGUUUAAGGUUUUUUUUGGCGUUUUGCAUAUGAGUUUUGAGAUUGAGAUUGUGGUUGUGUUUGCUUCUACUUACCCAAAAAAAAUUAAACGAUUUGUAUUUUUAUAGUGGUGAAAAAUAACAAUGAAAAAGCUCUUUGUAAUGUUACCUAUAUAAAACAACAUUGACUCAUUAUAGUUAUAUGUAUAAUGAGCUUAAAUAAAAUUGACCCGUUAAUCAA